ACGGUCUGUUCUCCGUCUAGCUGCUAGGAUCAUGGCUUAAUAAGAGUAUGUGUAUAUUACGUCUAGUUUCCCGCGGGAUGUUUUACACAUUCGAGCACUCUUUGUUUUUUUGUUUAUUUACCCCGGUCAGUGUGUGUAGAUAAAGGUUAAGUUUUUAUUUUACGUUCGCAGUGAAAUGUUUCAUAACUGACUGUGAUGAACUGACGGUAAUAUUUAGCUUCAGCUUCCAUGCAAGAUUCAUGUAGUACUUAUUACUAACUUACACAGCAGUGUUUCGAAGACAUUUCAAGAAAAGUAUUGUGUUCGCCCGCAGAUAUUCAUUGGAUAAACUAUAACCCCGAAAUCUACGUACAAUGUCUCUUUACGAUGAUAUGGAUGCGAUUGGCAAACAGAAACCGGAACAAGUUGUUGCCUGGUCUUCAAGUAUUAAACUUUUGCAGUCACAGCUUCAAUUGAAAAAGGCUGUUCAAACGCAGCCAAAAAGGGACAGCAUUAGAAAGUCUGGGGCAACGUUGCCACCUGUUAUUGACUUGAAGUCUAAGAAAGAAGAAGAAGAUUCAAAUUCCAACUCCAGUACGGGUGCUGGGUUUGUUGUCAGCUUUCCACCUGGGAAGGAGAACCGUUCCACCAAUCAGCUGCCAAAAGACGCAGAGUGGAAUGUGGAGGAUGAGUAUGAUCCCAUGUUCCCCAACGACUACGAGAAAGUAGUGAAAGACUUGCGGGAGCUGAGGGAGCGAGAGAAGGAGCAGGAAGAGGAGGAGAGGAGGCGCAAGAACCGCGAGGAGCGAGAGAGGAGGGCCCGUGACCGCUACGAAAACGAGGAGAGGAAAGCAAACGGCCAGCCGCCCAAGACGGGCUUUGCAGGUCGCAAAGGCAGCGACGAAGAGGACGAUGAUAAACUGGAGGACAAGCCGCAGCUGGGGCGAACGACCGGGGCUGCGAUCGCACCGCCGGCGUCCCUGCAGGAGUCCCCGGCCGAGCUGCGUACCGCCCCCAUGUCGUACGGAGCCUCGGUCGCUGCCAAGAUCAUGGCCAAGUACGGCUUCAAGGAGGGCCAGGGCCUGGGGAAGAAGGAGCAGGGCAUAGCAUCGGCCCUGCAGGUGGAGAAGACGAGCAAGCGGGGAGGAAGGAUCAUCCACGAGAAGGACCUGAUCGCACCUCCAACUGUCGGGAGCCCCGUGGUCGACUCUCCGGGGUCCAGCUCCCAGACUGCGGAGCAGAAGCCGGAGCCAACCAUCACCGAGAUCAUGAAGAGUCCAUCCAAGGUGGUGCUGCUCAGGAACAUGGUGGGGCCUGGGGAGGUGGACGAGGAUCUGGAGCCCGAGGUCAAGGACGAGUGCAACACCAAGUACGGGGACGUGAUCAAGGUGCUCAUCUUCGAGCAGCCCAACGUGCCUGCCGAGGACGCUGUCCGCAUAUUCGUCGAGUUCAAGCGCAUCGAGUCUGCCAUAAAGGCUGUUGUGGACCUGAAUGGAAGGUUUUUUGGCGGUCGCCAAGUGAAGGCAGGCUUCUACAGUUGGGAGAAGCUUACAAGCCUACAAUUGCUGGACUAGACAUGUCUGCAGCAGUGCGAAGUGUUUAUGAAUUGCCCCAGUUGCGUUGGUGCAUUUCUAUUGUAUUUGUAUAUGUGUAAUAUGCAUAUUUUGUUAUUUAAUGUUUUUCUAUUAAUAAACUUAUUAGUGGCCAUGCAA